AUGGCUGCAGCAGAUAUUGCUAGAACAGUAGUUGGCAUAAUAGGAAACAUCAUCUCGGGCUUCUUGUUCUUGUCCCCAGUGCCAACUUUUAUGGAAAUAUGGAGGAAAGGAUCAGUGGAGCAGUUUUCUCCAGCACCAUAUCUAGCGACGCUAGUGAACUGCAUGGUUUGGACCCUGUACGGUCUACCCAUGGUGCACCCACACAGCCUUUUAGUGGUAACCAUAAACGGCUCAGGGUGCGUCAUUGAGAUCAUCUACGUUACACUCUUCUUGAUCUACUCUAACCGAAGCAAGAGGCUCAAGGUGUUCUUGUGGCUGUUAGUGGAACUCAUUUUCAUCACAGCCCUCACCCUUGUCACAUUAACUCUCGUCCACUCCCUCAAGAAACGAUCUGCCAUCGUUGGAACCACUUGCAUUCUCUUCAACAUUAUGAUGUAUGCUUCACCUUUAGCUGUCAUGAAACUGGUGAUCAAGACCAAGAGCGUUGAGUACAUGCCGUUUUUCAUCUCUCUGGCCUCCUUUGGGAAUGGCGUGGCUUGGACUACUUAUGCUCUCAUCCGUUUCGACCCAUUCAUUACCAUACCAAAUGGGCUUGGAACAUUGUUUGCGGUCGCGCAGCUGAUUUUGUAUGCCACCUAUUACAAGUCAACGAAGAGGCAGAUAGCGGCAAGGAAAGCCAACGUAGAAGUGGACCUGUCGCAGGUGGUGGCUGGUAGUGACGGCCAAGGAUCCAAACCAAAUUAUUGA